CAUGGCAUAACAUUAUCGUACCGCAAGCUCAUCUGUGUUCCUCUGCCGGCAUUCUUCCUCAGGCUCCUCCUUCCCUAUGAGAGGCACAUUAAAGGCGAACAUGACAAACCCCUCCCCUUGGCCAAACCCAGGAAGCAGGAGGGCGGCCAAGACAAGGCUUCAGGAGCCAAAGCCAAAGGAGCUGGGGCCAAGAAACUCAAAGGCCCCAACAAUCCCAAGCUGGGGAGUAAAAAGGACAGAGGGGAGACAGUGAAAGGCCAAGAACAAUCACAGGACUCCAAGGGGAAGAAGGAGAAUCACGAGCUGUCCGCAGCCAUAAAACAGGAGGUGUCUCUAAGAGAUGAGCCAAUUGUAAUAGAGGAGGAAGAGUUACAUCUUACUCUAAAGAAGGAGGAGUCCUUGGCGUUGGAGCAGCCGUCUUCGCUCUGCCCCAAAGAGCCGGUCUGCAGAGCCCCACAUGCAGGUCUACCCCUCCACGCUGGUCCCCAGCCUGAGUGGAGGCAAAUCAGUGAGGCCCUGCAAGCAAAACUCUCCUGUGAACAGCAGACUGAAGGGCAUUUCAUUCCCAAAAACCCCUAUCUGCCUCACCGCUGGGAUCCGAACAAACCUGUCGCUCUGCCGGAGCCCUCGUCUAGGGUCAAAGACUCCAUAGAAAGUCACGGCGGGAGAGUGGGGAAAGUGUUACCAAUGUGUAAGCAGGCAGAUAGACAGUGUAUAGACUUGAGCUCAGAUUCCUACCCUGAGAAAGAAGACUAUGGGGUCAUUAAGAAGGAGUCGACCCAGAGCCCCGCACAGACGGCGGCCUACUGCAAAGCCAGCCAGGGAGUCAUGUCUCCUUUAGCCAAAAAGAAGCUCCUCUCCCAAGUGUGCGAGUCCAACCCUUUCUCCUUUACGUCCUCUCUUCAGCCUCAUACGGUGGCGUCUUCUCUCCCUGUCAUAUCAGUGGCUGAGAAGGAGAAAAGAAAGGGCGAGGAGGAGGUGGCGGGACAGAGGUGUGCGUCGGACAACAUCCCGGAGGUAGCGCCAAUUUUUAGGCCGUCAGUCAUCCAGCACGCCCAGAGCAGUAAGCCUCACCAACAAGCUGCCGCAGAGAGGAGCGCCGCCGGGGAGCUCUCAGAGACUUACAGCUGCCGGACGAGCCAUCAUCUCCAGCCACAAGUCAAUCCGCCGUGGCAGCCGUAUCUCCCCAGAACGCACGCCCAAGAUGGUGCUGAGAAUGCUGGGGAGACGUUACUCCAGGGCGCUCAGCCUCGGAGCUACACAGGCGACUGCUACUCCUCCCCGCACCUCCACAGUCUGUACCGGCAAACUGAGAGCUGCCUGAGCCAGGAGAGGAUGGUUGGCUACUCCAACGGAGAUCGGCGAGAGCGCUACGCCAGGGACCACGAGAGCAGCCAGGGGUUUGUCUGUGGUGGCCUAGAGCAAGAGGGCUUGGCGUACAGAUCUCACUAUAGUGACAGGACUCAAACACAUGCAGAGAGGAGAGAGGCGGACGACGAGCCAAGAGACUUUACAAUCUCCAAACCUCUCUCUCAGAGGGUGUCCUCCUUCUCCAAGCCUUCCUUCUGCAAUCUCCCUUAUCCCAUCAUAGGUUUGGAUUCCCACCCGAAGGCAUGCAGAGUUCCCCCUAUGACCAUCUCUCCCUCCAAACAGAGCCCUGCCGAGUCCUCGCAGCCAUUUCCCAGCCCGAAAGCUUCAGGCGAUUCGUCCCUCACCAGCCCCAAUCGACCCAGCAAACGGAGUCUUGCGGAGCCCGAAAGCGAGGAGGUCCCAGAGCGUAAAGUCCGUGUUGUGACGCCAAUCCACCCUGCCGGCGCAGUUCGACGCAGUGACCCCGAAGAGCUAAAACCAGCUGAGCCAGCCCACGCCGUUCACCUCAACAACCAUCUCCCUGAGGGCCACCCAACAACUACCUACCCUCCACCGCACGCCGCACCCCUCUACACUGCCAUGUACCCACCCGGCAGCCUGGUGUCCCCCGGGGCGCAGGAUGGGCUCCAGCAGCACCCGGGUCUGCAGCAGUACCUAAAAAGCCAGUCAGCAGUGUCCCCCCUCGUCCCCCCGCUAGCCUUCCACUCCAUGAUGCUCCACAGGCAGCUGCUCGCCGCCAGUCCCAGUCCGCACCACUUCUACAGGCACCCAGGCAGGGCGGCGCUAUACGGGGACCUGCUGCACCACCUGUACCCUCUCUCCACCCUCCCACCUCCUCAGCUGUCCUCGGUACACCCCAGCACCAGACUGUGAGGAGAAAGGAUGAUUUAUUUCUCCCUCUUCAUCCUCAAAAACUUUUUCAGCUUCUCUUUCUGUCUCUCUUGCUCGGGGAUUGUGGCUCAGUCGAAAAACAAACACUGAUUAUAAAACUUUGGCUGAUUACAGACUUAAAACUCAUCAGUCAGGCAGACUGAAAAUUCCAUUUCUUUUUUUUAUUUGUGUAUGCAUUUGUUUAUAUACUUUGCACUGUUCUUUAUUUUGUAUCACCACUUACUGUAUCUUUUUUUGUUAUUGUUGUUGUAUCCUUAUUUGCACAAUGCUCAUGUGUAUGUGCUCACAAAUCAGUUUGCCGCUCUCAGUCACCAUGAGUCAGGUUGUUGCUCUGGAACGUGUGAAAAGUGGAGGGCAACAGAGAAAAGCCAUUUGUUUACUGCGUCUGAGGGCUAAACUUUUUUGCUUAAAAACACUAAGUAACAAGUAACACGACAGCGUCGAUGAAAUUCUUUAUAUAACUUUUAGAGGUGCGUUCACCGUCAUGUUCAGCAGCUGUUUAGUGCAUUAUUACACUUUAGGCAGCCGGUGGUGUUGCAUCUGUUUACAUGUCUCCACGCUGAAAGCUGUUGUGCCACAGUAAAUCCACCUGGACUCCUCGGCACAGACACUCACUGCGGUGCUGCAUGACAUGAGAUCGUUUUAUCAUAACAUUCAGAGGUGCUGUGUGUAACAGAUGUACUGUAGACUCACUCAGUUCAGGUUUUUAUUCGUUAAAUAUUUCAGAUCAUACAACGAGCAGUUCAAUCUGUUGACAAAUCACGAAUGUUUUUUUGUUAGAGUUAAUGAAAAGACAUUUUAAUAUUUUUUUUUUUUUACUUUCUAGAUUGAAAGUAAUUUGAUCCCAAAACCCCCUUGUGAUGAGUAGACUGUAGCAGCUUGUUUUUGUCUGUAGGGCCAGCAUAAUGAAGCAGCCUUCUGCUGUGGAAUGCUCACCACAAGAAAUCAGCAUUUCAUCUUUUUGUUCUCGACUUGAAAAGCUUUUUUUUUUGGCAAACAGACUUGUCUUUUAUUCAACACGCUGAAAAGACUCACUGUAUGAUUUGAUAGGAAUGUUGUCACUUAGGAUAUUAUUGCUUUGCAAAUAUCUGUGCCUUUCGCAGUCUUGGAUUAGAGUUAGCACUACAGUUGUUAAGGUUUAUCUCCUGUAGCAGGGUAGAAAAAUAUCUAUUACUGUCACUCUUGUCUGAAAUGCAUUCAAAAACUAUAUGGCACACUUGGCUUUCAGACACCAGACUUGAUAGGUAAGGCACAAAAUGUAACUUUAAAAAAAUGCUUUAACCUGAUGGUUAGUAUUUGUGCUUAAAUGACUCUAUUUACUUAGCUUAACUGUGUCAGAACAAGAAAAGAUUUACUGAUAGUUGAUAUUGACACAGGUCUGGUGUCUGUCAUCCGCAGGGCAUGUGUGCUCUAUGUG